GUGCCUUACACGCGCUAAGAUGGUCCUUUCCUUCCAACUCGAUUACUAGACAGACAGAGGUAGAGGCUCUCACCUUAUCGCCAGCCAAAGCCAAAGCAAAGCAGAGCAAAUUCCUCCUUCUCCUUUCAUGGUUGGCCGUUAGGACCCAACCACCUCAAAAACUAUGGCUGUUUCCUUCAAUUCUGUCGUGGGCUUCUCUUCAACGAAGUUGCGAAGCGAGUACCAGAAUGUCUCAAAAUCGUCUGCUGCUGCAGCUUCACUGUCAAGGGUGGUCUGCCAAGGAAAGCCCUGUGUUGGUGCAUUUUGGUCAAGAAGAGUUGUAAAGGAAAGAAGAAGGGAUUUUUAUGUUUCAGUUGCUGAAGGUGAUCAGCUUACAGCAGAAGGAAGUGAUGGUGGUCCUGGCAAUGCUGAAAGAAUCCUCUCCAAUGAUCUGAUUUCAUCCGGUAAUCUCGGUGCCCCUGAGGCUUCCAACACUAGCACAGCAGCUUCUGUAAAUCAAGAGGAGACAUCAUCAGCAGCCAGCCAGCUAGAGAAACCAAAAAGAUCACCACUAACUGCAAGGGAGAGACUAAGAGCAGCUCGGGUUCUGAAUCGUUACAACAACACAGAAUCAAAGGCAUCUAAAUCAUCAUCUUCUAUGAGCAGCAAAGUAUUAGAUGCCAUUAGAGAAAGUGAUCGUGGGAAGAAAAAGGGUCUUCCAGAAGCCCCUGGAAAUAUGCUUGAUGACAGUAAGCGAGGGAUGCCACCAAAGGGACUCACUUUCCAGUUUCCAGGGGGUAAUGAUUUAUUUGUUAUUAUUUUCUCAUUCGUAUUUAUCAGCACUGUAAUGUUUGCUACCACCUUCAUUGUGUGGAAAGUUGGUGCCAUCCAUUUUAACGAGUACUAAAAGGUAGAUUAACUGUAGUUUUGAUUGUAUUCCACAAUUUUGAACAGGCAAGUGAAUUCAUAUACUUCUUUUUUUCUGUA